CGGAGGCUCGCCGUCCCUUGCUGGGCGUGAGCGGGGCCUGGCAGGCUCCGAGGCGGGCUGAGCCGGAAAGGAAUGCGAGUGGGAAGGGAGGGCCGGCGCCCGGCAGCAGGGGCAGGAGCAGCACCAGCAGCAGGAGCAGCACCGGGCAUGCCGAGGCCCAUCCCGCCGGGAGGGAGAGGCAGAGCCAGGCGAGAGCGGCUGCCCUUCUUCCGACGGGGCGCACGCAGCGAGGAGGGCGGGCUCUCCAACCCGGCUCUCCCUCGGAAGGCAGGCGGAGCAGAAGCAGCGGCGGCGGCUCUCCCGGGCCGUCUUUUCCCCAUGGCGUCGGAGAAGGUGUUGAGGGAGGGGGUGCUGGAGAAGCGGAGCGGGGGUCUCCUGCAGCAGUGGAAGCGCAAGCGGUGCCUGCUGGGCGAGAAGGGGCUGCGGCUCUUCGGGGUCAGCAGCCGGGGCUCCACGCGCUGCAAGGAGCUGCCCUUCGCCCGCCUCAAGGCCCUCGAGUGCGUCGAGUGGAAGCAGCGGCGCGUCUACUUCACCCUGGUGACCGACGGCGGCGAGGAGAUCGACUUCCGAUGCCCCGAGGAGGAGCCCAGCUGGAAGGCCGACAUCGCCCUCGCCCUCGCGCGCUUCAAGAACCAGCAGGCCGUGCAGGUGGUGCGCGCCAGGCACAGCUGCCGCGCAGCCCUACAACAAGAGGGAGGCCCAAAUGGCCAGAUUCUCAUGAAUGGAUCAAAGGAGCCAGAUCCUAAUCUGAACAUGGAGAGAGUAGAAGAGCUGAUGACUGUGAGUUCACCUGCCAAUGGACAGAAGGCAAUUUCCACCUGCAAUUGAAUGCAGAGCUGUCGGGUUUGUUCUGUGGUAUCGGUGCUGCAAACGAAAGUGAUUCCAGAGGCAUCCAACAAAACCUGGAUAGCAAGUUACAGCAAGAAUGAACUGCCAACUCUGAUUCCUUGGC